UUUACGCUGCAACAGACGUAAUGGAGUGUUUAUUAUUGUAUACGGGUAUGUAUUAAAUUUAGUAAACUACAAUAGACUGUUGUGCAAACAUUUUUAAAAUUCAAACAUUUUGUACCACACCAUCUUCACUAUUCAUUGUGUUCAGUGUUCUGGUAGUCAGACUCUCCGUGGUUCUCUCGUGUCUGAAUGAGUUUCACGGAAUCGUCGAUUCAAGAUGUUUUACUCCUAAUGGGAUGUCCGCAUUGUCGGUCCUGCAUUUGACCUCUGAUGGAAUAGUGGGACAACUUCCGGCUGGUAGAACCCUUACAUCAGUCCAAGAAGAAACUUGUGAGAACAAGCAUAUGUUUAUAUCGUGGAAGAAGUGCUUGCAUGACUUGGUAUCAAGUUUGACUAAAACCGGUAGAUGUUCUUCUACGGACAUACGCCAUAUCAACCAGAAUAUAAAACAAAUUGCUGUCAAACUUCUCUCAACGUGCAAACAAGUUUGUAGACAGCACUUAACGGAGAAAGCCAACCAAUGUUUGACACUGUCCAACAGUUCAGCGUUGUUUUCAAGCAUGACGAUUCUACAAGACAAGUUCUUAUUCAUCGGCACAUCAAAGAGUUCCUCUGACCAGUUCUGCAGAGAACGACAAAAGAUCUUCUCGUGUUUGCACAAGAUCAAUCACUUCUGCAUCUAUUCCUACGUGGGCCGCCUGCUCGUCAAGGGAUUCGACAUCAAUGCCAUGCAAAAGGGAUCCCGUUUCCUCUGCGCUCAACAGCAUGCGCACCUGGAAGCUGUUCAUUGUUUCAGUAGGAAUUCCGACCAAGUGUCAUUUUGUCAAAACAAAAGUCUGCUCCAUGAGCUCUUCAAACAACAUCAACAUCAUCAGAUUCCUCCAGUAACCUUCAUUGAUGAUCUGUGUCGCCUUCGUAUACUGCAAGUGGAAUGCGAACUGCGUGUGUACGCUCGAGUGUGCCCCAACACCGCUUGGCUGAAGAGAGAGUUCGAGUGUAUUUCUCUUCCGCCGGUCUGCAGGAGGCUAGAGGAUCUUCACGGUAUUCUAACUGAUCUCUGCGGCAACGUCACCAUUACCUACACCAUUCCGGUCCAACACUCGUCACACACCGUUGAACUACCGCUGUUCGACAAAAACAUUUUAGAGGUGUCUUCGGGAAACUCUUUAUACGUUUCUUUUCUGCUGUUCUUUAUAGCGUCCUGCAUUAAACGUUUUUAACCGGU